AUGGCAUGGAAGAUCACAGACAUCAGAGGCAUUAGCCCAUCCUUCUGCUCCCACAGAAUUCUGAUGGAGGAUGAGGUUAAGCCAGUCAGGCAGCCGCAGCGGAGAUUGUCUCAUAACUUGGAGGCAGUGGUCCGGGCAGAGAUUGUGAAGCUCAUGGAUGUAGGGAUCAUCUUUGCUAUAUCUGAUAGCAAGUGGGUCAGCCCCACUCAGGUGGUCUCGAAGAAAGGCGGGAUGACUGUGGUCCCGAAUGAGAAGAAAGAGCUGAUCCCGAUGCGGACCGUGACCGGCUGGAGAGUCUGCAUCGAUUACAGGCGCCUGAACGACGCCACCAGGAAAGAUCAUUUUCCCCUACCUUUCAUUGAUCAGAUGCUGGAGAGGUUGGCUGGUCAUGAGUUUUAUUGCUUCCUGGAUGGCAUGUCUGGUUAUUUCCAGAUUCCUAUUGCACCAGAGGAUGAGGCGAAGACCACAUUCACUUGCCCCUUCGGCACUUUUGCUUACCGGAGGAUUCCAUUCGGGCUGUGUAAUGCACCGGCGACGUCCAGAGAUGCAUGA